AUGACCCUGUCCGUCAAUGGUCCGCCUCAGCUCUCAUUCAUCACUGUGGACACGGAUGCGAAUCCUCCAGAGCUGAUAUGCUUCUGCUCUGAGUGCGUCCCCUCUGGGAACGAGUGGGUCUGCUUGGCAGCGUACAGCAGCAGAGGGCCUUCUGUUUGGGGUGCCGCUGCAGCAGCUCCUUUGACUGACAGGGUGUGGAUUGGGAAGCCCCUCCUCCUGGAAAUCUCAGGCAUGCUAAAUCUGAGCAAAGAAAAUGUUUCUACGGCUUUCAUUACAUUUAGUGGGAACUCAGGUCCUCAGGGUCUGCAUAACAUGUCUGUUAUGGCCAAUGGAUACCUCACCUGCUACAUAGAUGUGAUAUUACCUGCUGCUGGGAUGUACAAUUUAAAUGUGACCCUGACAAACAGUAUCUACACUCAUUCUGCCAGCUGGAAGAUCAGAGCAUGUCCCUUUGGGACCGACCACUUCAAUCUCAUGUUGUCUAAGAGAGAUCAAGAUAUCCCAUCUUGUGCCCCUCUGCCCAUAGAGGCAGAGGACAGGCGGCAGGGUAAAGCCUCGACGAAACCCAUGCACGGUCACAAGCGAGCUAUUUGGAUCUUUUCUGACAAAUGGGCAUAUGCAACAGAGACGGACAUUACAUUUGUAGCAGUAACGGAAGAGCCUGAUCCUCUAUACUUCCACUGGACAUUUGGGGAUGGACCAGAAAUAAAAACAACAUCCAAAAUCUACAAAAAGAGAUAUCGCCUUCCAGACAAGUACAACGUCACUGUCAGUGUUUCUGAUGGUCUCACGUCCAUCAGCUCAGAUGUUUAUCCGCUCGUGAUUCAGAGAGCUGUUAAGCCCAGCAGGCUUCUGUACAGUCCCUCGGUUUUAUCAAACAGCUCUGUGGACUUCUCCCUCCGGAUCAGCUCAGGAACUGACGUCUCUUAUGUCUGGAGUUUUGGAGAUGGAACAGAGCGAGAUGGUUCGAGCACCGAGCAUCAUGUGUAUAACAGAACUGGAGAAUACAUAGUAGAAGUAAUUAUGUCCAACCGGGUGAGCUCAGCUUCUUUAACAGGGCACAUCUUUGUCGUCGAAGAAUUAUGUCAGCCUCCUCCUGUGAAAAAUAUGGGCCCAAAUAAAAUACAGGUAUGGCGGUAUCAAACUGUCCGUCUUGCGGUGACGUUUGAGGCACAGAUUCAGUGUAAUGUUUCCAGAGGUCUGCUAUAUAGAUGGACUACAUAUGACAUGAGCGGACGACAACUGGUCUUCCCACACAUAGACACUGGACGGCAGUAUAUUGAUCUUCCAAAGUUCCUCCUUCAUUAUGGAACAUAUAAAGCUAUAGCAAAGGUCCAAGUAACCGGUAGUGUGGUGUACAGCAACUACAGUGUUUUAAUUGAAGUGGUGCCUAGUCAUCUUGUCAGUGUCAUCAACGAAGCCACAAACGUUUUCAUCAAUCGAGAGAGCGGCACCAUCGUUACUCUUGAUGGACGAAAAUCACACGACCCAGAUUACCCUAAUAAUACUAUAAGUUACAGCUGGUCAUGCAGGCCAGUAAACACUGAAGAGAGCAGCUGUUUCAACAGGAACAUUGCGACCACUUCAGCAGUACUUGCGUUUCCCACUCUUUCCUUGAAAGCUGAUUUUGACCUGCUUAAAUUUACUCUCACUGUGUCCAGUGGCCAUCGAUCUUCCUCAUCUGAGAUGUUCAUUACUGUAACAUCAAAACAUGUCAGCAACAUUCAUAUGUCUUGUAAAGAUUUCCGAGAAAAUUCAGUGAAUUGGAACGAGCAGUUUUCUGUUUCUGCUCUCUGUGGUUCUUGCGGUUUUAAUGCAAAAAAUGUCACCUAUAACUGGAAACUUUACCUGGUUAAUUCCUCAAGCGAAGCUGUACCAGAAAUUCCGUUCUGCAGCAGUAUGGAUCUCGGUUUACCCUCCAAAAUGGAGAAGAGCUUACAUUUCUCGCAGCCUGCUGUGACACCCUACACUCCAGCCCAUUUUACAGAGCCUUCCGUUCCAGUAUCUCUGGCUCCUUAUCUUUUAUCUGAUGAUACUGACCUUACAGCCCCAGUUACGCAAGUUACUCUGACUCCAAUAAUACCUAAAAAACACCGUAAUAUUAGUGCACGUGCUCUAAUUGAAAGCCCCAGCAAAAACCACCAUGCAGCAUUUCCCACCAUCGCGUCUUUGCACCCUCCCUUCCUUCCAUCCUUUCCCGGGGAAACGGAGUCGUCUGGGAGUCAGUGGGAGUAUCAGGGGCCUUUACCAGCAACAGAUAAGGUGUCACUGACUGAUAAGACCUCAGAAUACGACUACUAUAAUUUUGGAAUUGAAGAGGCUGAUGCUGGUGUUCCAGUCGGCAGACCUACAGGGACCGAUUCAGUGGGCUUUAACUGGAAUGGAGCAUCAUUCCCUCACUCUUAUGACAAAGAUGGUGAUAAUCUGGUGGACCCCAGCCUGCUUGGCCCGGCGGUGCCUGAGAAGACCCUGCUAGAUCUGCACAGACAGCUCCUUCAUCACUCCGUGUUUGAGUCUUACACUCUCACCGGGUUAUCCUCUUCGGUUGUCACGUUUAAACCCUUCGCGCUUAAACCAAAGAGUCUUUAUUUGCUUGAAGUGUCUGCACUUUCUGAGGAGCGCCUGCAAGGGAAAAGCCAGCUGUUCUUCCACACUCAAGCUGUUCCUCAGGGAAUGAGCUGCCAAGUGCAGCCCAACACAGGAUAUGAAAUUCACACGUACUUCAGCAUCUUCUGCUCCUCUGGAAAAAAGGAUCUCUUGUAUGAGUACAGUUUUAGUGUGGGCGACGGUCCUAGAAAACUCCUUUACGAAGGCAGGGAUUUCCAACAUUACUUUAGCCUUCCUAGUGGAGAUCCUAAUGAAGAUUACAAAGUCACAAUCUAUAUUGAAAUAAAGAACAGAUUUGGGGCAGCGACCGAACCAUGUCCCGUGAAAGUGACUGUUCUUCCAAGCUUUCAGAGAAGCUCAUCUUCUCGGCUCAAGCCUGAUCAAGAACUGUACUUGUAUGGAGUGGGUAACCUAACCGGUCUGAGUAAGGUCGGAAGCAACAGAGACAUCAUCAACUACGUCUCUCUUUUGACCUCGGUGCUGAACCGCUUGAGUCUGGACCCGGAGUCCUCUGUCGAGCUUCUGACACUCGCACGCACUUCCAUCAUUACAGCUCUCUGUCAGCUCUCCACCACUGACAAGGGAAUUUUAUUUGAAAUAAUUCACAGGCUUACCGAUUUGAUAAGAGUCUCCAGUCAAGUGACCUUUUACAGUGCCAAACAAGUAAUUCAGCAUGUCCACGACAUCUCAUCCCUCUCACUUGAGUCCAAGCCUCCCGCAGGUCAUAUUCUGGACUCUGGGAUUGUGAAAGCGCUGGUUUCUCUCCUGUCUGCUGUGUUGGAGGCUCCUGCGCUCUCUUCCAGACCAGGACACCAACUCUCAAACAAAGUGCUUUACACCAUCACCGAUUUAGUACUGAUUGAGCGUUUGCUUUCCAGCAAUGUCUUGCAGUACACCGUGAACACCACGUUGGUAGAUGUGUCAGCCUGGAAGGAUGACCGAUCUCAUUCUGUGGUGAAAACAUUUGGCCUCACUGCGUUCCACCUCACCGAUUUUCUGGAGAUGCAAUUUCAGCAAUGGAGCAGAAACAGCCAGCACAAGCCCUGCGUCAUUACCUGGCUCACAGUGUACAGGCAGAGCCCAUACCGCCGGUCCAGACACGUGCAGCUCAGCGGAGAGACAGCAGACAUUCGGCUCUACAACUGCACCACUAGAAAGGAAAUCAAAGUCCGGCAUCUAUCUACGCCAGUUACUAUUGAAUUUCAGAGGAAAGAGGACAAAAACCACACACGGUUCACUCUUCUGUGGGGUCAGGUGAACACUCAUCAGUUCAGCGUCACGUCACAGACCCUUCAGAGAGCCCUUCGGAUCACUGUGCGGUUUACCAGGCCAGUUGAACGGCCCUUUCCCAUCCUGCUGCUUCUGAGGAAGUAUGAGCAGCCAACACCUGAUCUAUAUAACAAACAGGAAAUAUAUGACUGGAAAGGACAGAUGGCUCACAUUUUCCUCCCUCAGUCCUUUUUGCAUGCUGCUGGUUCUGUGUACCUGAGGCUUCUCAGUGCAGACUAUAAUAAAAUCCCAAGCAACAAGUACAUCGCCAGAGCUGUGAACUACACACUUCACAUUGAGUCUGUGGAGUGUUUGUCCUGGGACCGUGUGAAAGAGUGGAAGCCCAGUGGCUGCUUUCCUCAUGUUGGGGUUUAUGCAGACAAGAUCUACUGCAGUUGCAACCACCUGGCAUCAUUUGCAUUAUCACAUGAGAACAUCAUGAGCAUCUACAACUCCGCAGAUGUUUCACAGUUUAUCCACUCUGAAACCAACUACAUACUGAUAAUUUUUUCAGUAAUAUUCCUGGCUCUGUACGUGGUGCUGUUGGUCAUAUGUAGGAAGGCUGAUGUUUCCAUCCAGAAAACUACAGGUUCAUUUCUUCUACCAGAAAACAAUCCCUCAGACCGGUUCCUCUAUGCUGUCACUAUAGACACAGGAUUGAGAUCUAGAACCAGAAUGACAGCAAAGGUCCAUUUUGUUCUGUAUGGAGAUAAAGGUGUCUCUCAAACCAGGGAACUCAGCAGCUCUGACUCCAGACUCUUUACAUGCAACUCAAGGAAUACCUUUAUUCUCAGUUCUCCAGAGAGCCUGGGUCGAGUAUGGAAGGUGCGUCUUUGGCAUGAUAAUGAAGGUUCAUCUCCCAGCUGGUAUCUGAGCCAUGUGGUGGUCAAAGACCUGGUGCAGGGGUCCUGCUGGUUCUUCCUGGGCCAGUGCUGGCUGGCUGUGGAUGAGGGAGAUGGAAGGGUGGAGAGGAGUUUAGGCGCUUCUGAAUGCAGCUUGACGUUUAAACAGUUCCUGUAUUUGAAACUCACAGAAUACCUGGAGGACUUUCACCCGUGGGUGUCUGUGUACAGCCGUCCGUCUUUCAGCUCUCACACACACACUCAGCGCUGGAGUGUGUGUCUACUGCUCCUGCAGGGCUACAUGUGUGUCAGCGCAGCGCUUGUAAAUCUUAUGGAAGAACAGUGUUUUGUAGAGAUGGGGCUUAUUGAUGUUUCGCCGGUUUCCAUGGUAACGGGCCUGUGCAGCGCUCUGGCGGUGCUGCCGGUGGGGGGUCUGGUGUCCCUGGUGUUUCGUGUCAGUAAGACCACCUCCAGUAGUGUGUCUGGAGAGCAGUAUAAGGUCAAGGUGCCUGAUGUCUACUCUGUGCAAGGCAUGUUUUUAUGCAUUUUCCUCUUUUCUUAUCAUGUGUCAGUCUACUUGUUAUAUCACCAUGAUGCACUUCUGAGCAAUGAUUGUGCAUCGAAUUUGUCCAGGAAUACAGUUUCCCAAUGGACUCAUGGAUCAUGGAAAACGGAUUGCAAGGAUUGGAAAACCUCAGAUGCAGUGUCUGUCUCAAAACUGCGAGAGGACCCUGAUGCCAUCUUAGAGAUUGUGGAAGACUCCAUGUCUGACGUCAACAGCAGAUCACAUGACAAACACAAAUGGAACAAGUCUGAUCUGAAAUCACACCACUCUGCAAGCAUCCGAGAGAACCGGCGGGUUCUCCAAUCCUGGUGUUUUUAUUUAGGCUGGAGCCUCUGUCUGUCUCUUUCUCUCAUGUGCUUCAUCAUCACAGGAACUCUUGGAGUAAAGUUCGACAAAACAAAGACUCUUGUUUGGGCUCAUUCUGUGUUCUUUUCUCUUGUCUGCUGUUGCUUCGUGCUGCAUCCAGCAAUGAUAAUCAUAACUGCUAUCACGGUGUCUCUGCUGCAUCGAAAGAAGCCAGACUGGUUCCAUAGCCUAAGUGUAAAAGAGCCAGUCACUGAAUUAUUGAGACACAAGGAGCAAAGAUUUGUUAGCAAAUACCAGCAGUCCCAUUUUGAAAAGACGCUCGCUGCCCGUCAGAGAGCCAGGUACUUGCGUCUGGUGCAGCCACCAAAUUCAAGAGAGCUGAAGUGUGUGAGAGGCCGGAUGAAGAAACAGACUCUCCUUCACAAAACCGCAAGGGAUUUGACGUUUCACCUAAUCAUGCUGGUGGCAGUUCUGUUCGUGACCUAUGGAAAGUCCGACCGUGAUUACAAAUACCAUUUGAAUCGAGCUAUCAAAUCUCAUUUCGCGAAGGGACCGCAAAAUUCAUUUCACUCCAUCCAAAAACAUGACGAUUGGUGGAACUGGACAACAACUGCUUUCCUUGAGAGAUUAUAUGACAGUGCCAUCUGCCAUGAUAAAAGAGUGGAAAAUGAAAGAGGAGAUUUCAGUGGUCAUUUUUCUCUUAUUGGGAGUCCAGUCAUUAAAAAGAUCAAGAGUACAUAUAACUCGUCAUGCCAGAUCUUGAAUUUGUUGGGCAAUGACAAUAUUAAAUGCUCUGAUAACCAGUCUGUGGAAAAGAGACAGUCACUUUGUGGGAAACUUGGAUGUUAUGAGGGAGAAAGUGUGAGCGUGAGCCUCGGAAAAACAAGGUCAGAAGCAAUCAAGUCAAUUAAAAAGCUUCUGGAUACCGGCUGGAUGACUCCCUUCACCCUAAUUGUGAUUGUCCAGUUCAUCUUGUACAAUGGACCCAGUAACCUCUUCACGUCAGUCACUAUUCUAGUGGAGCAAACCUCAACAGGAGCUCUGAUGCCGUCAGCAAGCACACAGUCUACUAGACUCUACCAUUUCCCAGCUGCCCUUGACUACAGUGUUAUGACCUGUGAGCUUCUUUUCCUUUUAUUUAUCCUGCUUAAUUUGUAUCUGCAAAUAUAUGUUAUGACUCAAAGAGGAUGGCUUUACUGGAGAAACCUUUGGAGCUGUCUUUUGCGGUUUAUAUGCUCUGUGUACAUCUUUAUGCUAAAAUCAGAGAUGAUUGAUUUCCUCCAGAAGGAGGAUUUUGAGUUACCUAUUGAUCUAAGCCCCAUCUUCUUUUGUGAGCAGCUUUCUCAAUCUCUCCUUGGCAUUGUGGUUAAUUUGCUUCUACUGAAGUGCGCGUCCUUACUACGGCUAAACAAAGCAGUGGCAGCAGCUGUGUCUACUUGGAAGCUGAUCUUCUCCAACCUGCUUUGGUUACUGGCACCUGGUGUUGUCGUCGCAGUGGCCCUCUCCGGUCUCCGCAACUUGAUCUUUCAUUCAUUUCCAUUUACCAGCACCACUAGAUCUGCUCAUUUGCUCUUCACUCGUUUCUUUUGCAUGAGCCACUUUGGUGAUAUUUACCUCCAAUCCCAAGUCACAUCAACAAUUUAUUUUGGAGCUAUAUUCUGCACUAUGAUUCCGUUUAAUGUUACGGUAAUUGCCGCUCUUACCUUUUUUGUGAAACGAAAGAAAACUACAAAAAGAAAACAAUUACUGACUGUCUUUGAGCUGAUCUCUUAUGUCAAAGACAAGGCUUUACUCAUUGUUGGCAAAGCCAGUCACAAGCCAACUGACCAUCGUGUCCACGCUAAUAGGUUUUACUUAGCUGAGUUUGAGGAUCUCAUGGACGAACUGUUGUUUCAUCUCUGCACUAUGUCGGACAGUUUACCCAAAACCCUGCCAGCAAAAGAAAAUCUGUUAGAAACCCAGAGUAAUUUCUCUGUGACGCUUUCUGAGCAUAUUCAUAGCUCCGAAUCAGAGGGUGUCAUUUUUGAUGGACUGGGGAAGAAACACUUAGGAUGCCUGGAUAUCAGCAGUCCCUCAUAUAGGGAAAACACUCACAGAUCACCACUCGAACACAAAACAUCUCAGGACUUACAAGACAGAACGCAGGAGAAGAGUUUUUCAAGAGGGCAGAAGAACUUUAGAAACUGCAUCAAAGAUCCAAUCAGAGAGUCCGAAGAGACUGGACAGGCCCAAAUUCUUCCUUCAAGCAAGCUGACUCAUUGUGCACCUGCUGAAUGGAAGGACAAAGUGUACGUUAAAUCAUCGAUGCUGCCUGAUCCAAGCAGGUUGGCAGAUGAGCAUAAUUCUCAAAAGAUGACAAGGCACACUCUUCUAACCUCAUCAACUUGCAAAGUGAACAUGGGCCAUCAUGCAGCAUAUAGCAGACCAGCUGGAGAGUCGUAUUUGUUUAAUACAUCUUCCACUGAGGGAAUAAACAAUUCUGUACGAGAGCAAAUGGUUAUUCCAGGGUUCAUUGAACACUGAAGCUGUUCAGUUUUUCCGUUUCAUUCCAAAAAAGAAUUAGCAUUUUCAAGCCUUGUUGGGUUUUUAGAAUGGCCCUCAACAUUGCUUUAAAAGUCUAGAACGUUUGAUCUAAUACAUACCUCAAACGGGAUAUUUGUUUUGCAUGUUGCUAAAAUAUAAGGGCAUGUCUUGACAAAUUGGGUGUUUUGUUUAAUAGCAAUAUCAAAAUUCACAUUUUGUUAAUUAUUU